AUGUCGUCCCGUCCUCGAGCAGGCCGCGCAACCGCCGGUCGUGAUGGGAAAGAGAGUGAACUUGAGAAUGAUCUACUCACCAGAGCCCUGGAAAGCCUGCGUAAGGCCAGGGAUUUCAACGAAAAAUGCAGAAAAAUUGGCCAAGACAUUAUGGUGCUAGAGGAAGAGAUCAAAGCGGCUGGGCAAGGUACUACCGACCAAUAUCGACGUUUGGACGCUCUGUACCGAGAAAACCUCCGAUACGCGGAAAGUGAAAAGAAAGUUCAUGACGACGACGAUAUCAUCAGCAAUCUUGCUAUCCUCGAGACUAUGAGAUCUAACGACGAACCCGCGCCCCGGAAUGGUCAGCCCAAGUCACGGAAGCACCAGCGGCCGGCUGUUGAUUCAGAGGCCGUUGAGUCUCCCGGGCCCAGCCCCGGGGACGGUCGUCUAGAAAUGAUGAAACGGGUCAAAGGCACCUCGCAACGAAGUUCAAGCACAGCAAGCCAAACUCGGGCAGCGCCCAUUGUAAGAGAUGACGGCGCCGAAACACACAAGGGCCUCCAAGCUGAGAGGGCUGGCCAACUUGUCGCCGGCACCGAAGUCUUUUACAAAUUCCCAAAGGACCAACAGGAGCAAGAAGAAGGAGUGGGUAUUCACGGUAUCAUCAAGAAAGUGUGGCAGGAGAAGAAGCCCAUACAAUACGAUGUAAGAGACCCCGAAGAUGAUGCUUCUGGCAAGCAGACGGUGCGCAAAGCUACAGCUAGAGACUUGGUGCCCAUCCCUCAGGUGGCUCCCAGCAACCAACAGUUCUUGGUCGGAACGACAGUCUUCGCCAAAUACCCCGAUACCGACACCUUUUACCGAGCAAAGGUUAAGAGCUUCCAGAAACCCAACUACAGUUUGAAAUUCGACGAGGAUGUACAAGAGAUGCUCGUCGAUGCGCGGUUCGUCCUCUCUGCGGGGGUAAAAUGA